AUGGACCUCCAAGCCGAGGGAUGGCACUUUGUUGGUAUUGCAUCUUCAUUCCCAGAUAUUAGCGAAGAUGAAAAGGGCUGUCGAGUCCUACCUGGGUGCAAGACACUUGGCAUCCCCAAACCAACACAGCCGGACAAACCCAAGACGAAUCGGGUGUCUAAUCUAGAUGAGCAAGUGCUCGUAUUCAAGUAUAAGGGAGCUUUACACGCCAUUGAUAAUCGAUGCCCACACUCGGCGUUCCCGCUUAAGCAAGGAACGAUUAUUGAUGUCGAGGACUUCGGACCUGGUAUUAAGUGUUUUAGACAUGGUUGGAGCUUUGACCUGGUUACUGGCAAGGCAGACCGCGGUCACCACUUGAAGCUUAAUCUGUGGGACAUCGAGCUGCGGGAUCCUUUGAUAUCAAGCGAUGAGAGCGCUACGGGAGACGAUAAAGAAGUGUGGGUUAGAAGACGAUAA